AUGGCCUCCGCAGCACGCAACGUCGCUCGUGCAGCAUUCAAAGCCCCCUCAGCAUCAGCCUUUAAGACCACAGCACGAACCUCAGCAUUCACUCUCCCCCGCCAAACUUUCCGCCAGCAAUCCCACCGCAGCUAUGCCUCCUCCGGUGCCACAAAGUCUUCUUCCUCCGGCCUCCUUAUCGGCGUAGGAGCUCUCGCCGUUGCAGGGGGAGCAGGCUACUACUACUAUAGCCAAGGCAAUGGCAGUCUGCUGUCCGGAUCCUCGGGCGAGACCAAGGGCCUCAUCACGCCCAAGUUCGAGGAUUACCAGAAGGUGUAUAACGAGAUCGCGGCUCGGUUGGAGGAGAAGGAUGAUUAUGAUGAUGGGUCGUAUGGCCCAGUUCUGGUGCGGUUGGCGUGGCAUGCCAGUGGAACUUAUGAUAAGGAGACUGGAACUGGAGGGUCGAAUGGUGCGACUAUGAGAUUUGCUCCUGAGGGCGACCAUGGUGCCAAUGCUGGAUUGAAGGCCGCGAGAGACUUUUUGGAGCCGGUGAAGCAGAAGUUCCCAUGGAUCUCCUACUCCGAUCUCUGGAUCCUUUCCGGUGUCUGCGCUAUCCAGGAGAUGCAAGGCCCAGCCAUCCCAUACCGACCAGGUCGCUCUGACAAGGACAUCGCAGCUUGCACACCUGAUGGACGUCUCCCAGAUGCUACCCAGGGCAACAAGCACUUGCGCGACAUCUUCGGCCGAAUGGGCUUCAAUGACCAGGAGAUCGUUGCGUUGAGCGGAGCUCAUGCUCUUGGACGCUGCCACACCGAUCGCAGUGGUUUCACUGGACCAUGGACUUUCUCUCCAACGAUUGUGACGAACGCUUACUACACCCUUCUUUUGAAUGAGAAGUGGCAAUGGAAGAAGUGGAAUGGUCCUAAGCAGCUCGAGGAUAAGACAACCAAGACCCUCAUGAUGCUUCCAACCGACGUCGCACUCGUAUCCGACAAGUCUUUCAAGCAAUGGGUCGAGAAGUACGCCAAGGACAACGAUCUCUUCUUCAAGGACUUCUCUGCAGUUAUCACCAAGCUCUUCGAGCUCGGUGUUCCUUUCGCGGAGAAUGCUGAGAAGUAUGUCUUCAAGCCUACCAACGCUUAG